AUGCUAUCCAAGCCACCCUCUGAUCCGGCCGGCAAGCUCUCGAUCGAAAUGAUGGAGGACGAACAAUCAGCCACAUAUACUGUGGAUGACGCCCUUAUAUCUUCAGGUUUUGGGAAGUACCAAAUAUUGAUUCUCUCCUAUGCUGGGAUAGGCUUAAUCGCAGAAGCAAUGGAGAUGAUGCUGCUAUCAUUUGUUGGUCCAUCCGUUCAGUUAGAAUGGAAUCUUACUGCUCACCAGGAAAGCAUGAUUACAAGUGUUGUUUUUGUUGGAAUGCUAAUAGGAGCUUACUCUUGGGGUGUGGUCUCAGAUAACUAUGGAAGGAGGAAAGGGUUUCUCUUUACUGCCAUUAUGACGAGUGGAGCUGGAUUCCUGAGUGCCUUUUCUCCAAACUAUGUAGCUUUAAUGGCUCUACGGUUUUUAGUUGGUAUUGGCUUGGGAGGAGGACCUGUUCUUGGAUCUUGGUUCUUGGAAUUUGUUCCUGCUCCAAGUAGAGGAACUUGGAUGGUGGUACUCUCAGCAUUUUGGACUGUCGGUACCAUCUUCGAGGCUUCGCUUGCAUGGGUAGUUAUGCCCAAGUAUGGCUGGAGGUGGUUGCUAGCAUUAUCAUCUGUGCCGUCUCUCCUCCUGCUUUUGUUUUAUGCUAUCACACCCGAGUCGCCAAGGUUCCUCUGCAUGAAAGGCAGAACAAUGGAGGCUGUGGAUGUACUGGAGAAAAUGGCAAGGUUAAACAGUGCACAACUCCCUUCGGGUAAGCUUGUUUCUGACAAGAACAUUGAGCUAGAUGAAGUUUCCGAGUCUGCAACGCUUCUGUCUGCUACUGCUAAAGCUGCUAAAGAAGAAGAAAACGACAACAUCAAGGAAGACGAAGGUUCCGAUUUUGGAGGUUUCAAGUCUGUUUCUAAGCUGUUGUCACCAAAAUUGCUCAGAGCAACUCUGCUUCUGUGGAUGGCUUUCUUUGGGAAUGCAUUUUCGUAUUAUGGUAUUGUUCUGUUGACAUCGGAGUUAAGUAACGGAAAUAGGAUAUGUGCAAAACAGGAGGUUGAAUCUGUACACUCGAACAACUCAAGCCUGUACAAAAACGUGUUUAUUUCUAGCUUUGCAGAGAUUCCAGGGUCAUUCGUGUCGAUCAUGAUCGUGGAUAGAAUUGGGCGAAGGCUUUCAAUGGCUUCGAUGCUCUUCACUAGCUGUGUCUUUUUAUUCCCGCUAGUGUUUUCCCGCACAGAAAUACUGACAAGAAUCUCAUUAUUCGGUGCCCGGCUCUGCAUUUCUGCGAGCUUCACAAUCGUAUACAUAUACGCUCCCGAGAUCUACCCAACCUCGGUGAGGACGACAGGCAUCGGAGUCGCCAGCUCGGUCGGCAGGAUCGGCGGCAUUCUGUGCCCCCUCGUCGCCGUUGCUCUGGUGCACAACUGCCAUCAGACGACUGCGAUCCUCCUCUUCGAGCUCGUGGUUUUCCUCUCGGGGGUGGCUGUCAUGUUCUUCCCUUUCGAGACAAAAGGCUGCAGGCUCAACGACACCGAGGCCGAUAUGCAUUGA